GAGAUCGGAGGCCUUUUUUACUGUUGGAUUGAAGUGACUGGAUGAACAAACCGAGGUCAAGAGCGUUCCAGGCCAAUACGAGUACUGUGGUACAGUACUGUAAGUUAGUUGCCGCUUUUGUAUGAUGCCUCUAAUCCGGCAACCGUGUCACGCUGUCGCAAUGGUUUUGCCAUGUCCGUGCUUGCCGUGCAUUGUAUAGGUACCUGGUACUUUACCAAUGUACCAGGUAACAAUCACCUCAGAUCAGUCGCGUGUUGUUCUCGUCUGCCGCAAUCCCGCUGUGCUUCCUUCCUCCUAGGUUGACCAGUCUGUUCACCAUGCCUCGGAGUCCGCCUCCCAUCCUGAUCCUCAUCUCCGCUGUCGCCCUCUUCAUCUGGUACGUAGUAUGGACUGCCGGUCCUCCGCGUGAUAUGUCCGCCUUCUCCUACGCCGACAAGUUCGAGUCGACGCUCAAAUCAAAGUUGGGCACAACAAUCCCUGUCGCAGUCGGCACAGAGCAUGUCAGCACAGCACCUUCCCUCGGCGAGCAUGUAAUGCCCAAACUUGGCAACGAGACGCUCAAGGCGGAACUCGGUCGCGCUGCAUGGAAAGUCCUCCAUACCACGAUGGCGAGAUUCCCGGACAAGCCGACACAGGACGAAAGCGACGCCCUCAAGGAUUACCUCUACCUCUUCGCCCGGCUAUAUCCCUGCGGCGAAUGCGCCGAGCACUUCCAAGGAAUUCUCAAAAAGUAUCCUCCUCAGACCUCGUCACGGUCCAGUGCGGCUGCCUGGGCCUGCUUUGUGCAUAACUUGGUCAAUGAACGCAAAGGCAAGCCGAUCUUCGAUUGUGCCAAUAUCGGGGAUUUCUACGACUGUGGAUGCGCGGACGAUGAGAAGGAGGCCAUCUCUGCUGCUGGAGCCAAGAGCAACGUCAUUGCGCAGGGCAAAUCGGUCGAGAUCGAAGUCGAAGGACCGACAAGAGGAGGUUGAAAGGUCACAACCUUGACAAUGCUAUCGAAGAUUUGAUAUUGUGGCAUAUCGGCUAUAGACAUACAGC